CUAUUUGGACGGGUGUACCGGACUGGUGUGGCAUGUUCAGACACGGCCGAAUGAAUCAUGACCAUAGAGUGAGGCUGUGCGGGAUAGCCACUGUGCUUGCUGAGACAUUGUGCUGACUGAUGAGUCAAUCAGCCACGUCUCAACAGCACUAGCCAACAAAACAACCUCAGGCAGGUCACACACACACAUAACACAAGGACGUCAAGACAUCUGUCUGUCUGUCUGUCUGGAUGUCUUGUGCGUCGGUGUCUGUCCCCCAUAAUAUGACACAGGUCCCCCAUAACACGGCAGAUGGUCUGUCUGUCUCCUCACACCCUCCCUCAUUCAUUUAGCCAACCACUCGGCCACUCCCCCGUUGGACUUGGUCUCUCUUCGUCCAUGGCCAGCCGACCGGCCACCAUCAAUCCAUCACACGCUGAGCUGAUCAAUCUCCAGUGUAUCCUUCCGCAGUGGCGGCAGGGGCUCUCUCGGCGGCGGGGGCUGCGACCCACGCAGCAGCCUUGCGGGAAACCAGCUCUUGGCCAGCCGGUCUCUCUCAUCUGCCUCCUCCUUCUGACGCCUCUUCUCCUCGGCAACCUCAACAAGAAGUGUUCUCCACUGGUGGUGCCCUAGCACCUCCUGCCGAGAGAGGCCGGGGAAGUUGGUGGCGAAGACAGAGAGGUCCUGCUCGGUGAUACGUGAUCGUGACGCCUCACGGAGGCCCAUCAAAUAGGUCACAUGAGGGUCGAAACACUGACCUGAAUGAAUGAAUCAAGUGGGAGAGAACAUGGGAGUGCAGCGUAUGUGUUCAUCGAUUGAUUGCGUUGUCCUCCCGUCCGUCCUUACCCCAUGUAGCGUUCCACACUCGAGUGGCUCUGGCUUUCGCCUCGCCGGCUGGCAUAUGUCCCAUGCUCUCGAGGCGCCGUCCUGCCCUCGACUGUGCCUCAGCAACCUCCACUGAGACGCCUAGCUUCUCCCCUAUGUCGCUGAAGCACCGCUCCAGCUCGCCCCUCAAGUCGUCGGGGCUCUCAUACUCGAGGGUCGUGUCCUGAUCUCAUACAUAUCCAUCCGCAUGCACAUCCACACGCACACAGGGCAAUGCAUGUCUCUGUCCUUGUCGGCGUGUGUGCAUACAUCUGCGAUGUCUCUGAGCCGCGGCACCGCCUCGCGCAGGCACUCAUCCUGGGCCUCCACGUGGCCCUUCUGAAAGAGAUGCUCGGCUGCCUUGGCGGGCGUGAGCGUCCGCAGGGUGGGGCACGACACGAGACACAACAGCUGACAGACAAGGGGGGGGAGGGAGGCCAUGCAGGCAGGCGGACGUUGAUUUGUGCACUGGCCGCCGUCCUUGCUUCGUGUAUGUGUGUGUGUACCUGUGCGACGGCCUCUGCGGGGAAUGGUGCGUACUGCACACAUGUAUGGAAGUGGGCGAUGUCCUCAUCCGUCAGCAGUCGCAUGUCCUCCUCUAAGCCCAACUGACAUUACAACCACCCACAAGACAGACACCAAUCGCCGUGUGCCACGGCCACCUUUGGUGAAUCACCUCUGGCUCUCCAUGCGCUUCAGCUUUGCCGCACAGCCAUGUUAGAACCGACCCAACCACAGUCUUGAGGGACAAGAGCAGAAACACCAGUGCCACGGCCAAGUAAGCCACCAGGACAGCCACAGCAGCCCCAACACAGCCCGACUGUACAAGUAUUCCAACCAUGAGAAAAAGCGACACAGCGACGGGCGGGGGACCUGAUUCUCCGGGGUGGCGUAGUGCGCCGCAAGGAAGCCCCACGAGGCGACGAGCACAGCAAAUAGCCCGGCAUUCUCAAGCUGAUUCAAUGUCGCCCACCUGCAAUCAAUGCAAAGUGGCCACACGUACUCAUCUCGAGACAUCAUGCCAUGCAGCCACACACCUUGGCUCAGCAGCUGGCCUUACCUGUUUGUCCACAGUGUGUCGUCAAACGGUCUGCACACCGACUGCACCCCGAACACCAGCGCACAGGCCAGCACCAUCACCACGAGCUUCCCGCCCCUGUCCGCAUAAUAAAGAGCACACAGAAAAGUGAAAACCCACACCUGAACACGCACGACGUACGUAUAAGCGGUCGUCUUCACACUCCCCGACCCCCGUCCACAGGCAUGCACCUGAAUAUGGCCCAUGCCUCCCACAUGUAGAAUCUCGGCUGGUAGCCCAUCAUGAGGUACCCCAGGGCCCGCCUGUACCGCGGCCGGUGCCUUGCUCGCCCCACGAGGCCCAUGCUGACGGACACGACGGUGGGGAAAGCGACGGUGUAUGCGAGUACGCCUGGUGUGGCGAAGGAUGCGAUGAGGUGGAGGUGACGGUCCUCGCCGCAGAAUAUGUCGGGGUCGGCCACCAGCCGAUGGCGGCCGUCGGCAAACUCUCUGUAUUCACAGAGACGACGGACACACAGAUGGAUGUGCCGUGCCAAUGAUGGGCUUGCGUGUAUGUGUGCGUGGAUUGGCCUCGAUGUACCUACCUGCAUUGCCAUGCGAGUGAGUAGUAUCGCGUCGCAGGGCUGUAGCACAGAUACAGCCACACAAGGCUGGAUAACACGAAGGAGCCUGUAGGGCCAACAGAGAAAAAAAGAGAGUGAAGGCUGUUCUGUCUCCACAUUUAAUUUUGCCAUACAUACAAGUGACAUUUCUGGCGAGUUCCUUGAUGCUGAUGGCACCAUGGUACUGUCUGUACACCCGCACGCCCACAUAGUACGCCAGCCACCCAACCACAAUGACGCCCAGGCCAGCGAAAGGGGCAAUCACCAAUACGCGCAGAUGGAUGCCGUACGCUGAGGGGCUGCAGGCAACAACGCAACAAGCAGCGAUAUGCAUAUCAGAUGCAUUCAUGGGUGCGCCUGACGUGCUGGUUUGGUCGACCGCCUCUUGGCCCGGCCGCUCGUCGAUGGCCUGGGUCUCGUUAGAUCCCGUCUGCAGCCGACAGAUGCCUUCAGUAAUUUCCCUCUCGGUCAACGGGGCAUUGGCGAGACAGUCCCAGGCCAUGGGCCACUAACACAGACACACAGGGAGGGAGACACCACACAUAGGCUCGCUCAUGGAAUCUACCUGUGUGUGUGUGUGGCCCUACCUCCUGUCCGAAGGGAAUGUUGCUGUGGGCGUAGCGGAUGGAGGACGACACCAUGGCGACAUUCUCCUCGGUGGCAAAGGGAGGAUCGUAUCUGGGUGCAUGAAAAGAUGGAUGGAUGGAGACAUACAACCAGCGGUCGAUCGAUUGACUGGCUGAGUCAGUCGGUGAGGGAAUGAGCGAAUCGUCCGGCUUACGCGAUGCAGGCCGCGAGUGUGAGGACAUGGAAGAUGAUCCGCAGCUGGAUCAGCCAGAUGUGGAACUGCAUAAAGACGACAUACAUGCAUGGCGUGGAUGGGUGGGUGCGCUCGUGUGUCGCCUCUUGAGUCAGUCACCUCCAGCUUCUUGGGCGUGGGCUCUAUGUGGAUGAUGGUCACCAGGUAGGUGACUCCACCGACAUACAAUAUCACUACUGCCAAAGGAGGCGGACAGAACGGAACAACAGGCUACAACGUGUGAUGGAUGCGCUCAGACCGUGUGUGUGUUGGUCACUGACCUACCUCACCGAGAGCGAAUCCGACAGCCCCCGCCACCCUAUCGGCCGUCCCGGGGCAGCUCUGGCACAGACCAUCCGACGAGUACCUCCUCGUCAAACCAGCCUCGCAGUUGAAACACAACACUCCUGACACACACACACGCGUCAAGUCAACACACCCUCAUUGCCCCAGCAGGCUGGCAUCGUGAAACGCUGGCUGACCUUGGUGCUCCGGCAUGCAUUGUGAGCACUGCAUGCAGGUCUCGUGGAUGGGGCACCGCUCGUACGCAAUGGGGUGGACGGUAUCGUUGACACUCAAGGGAUCGACCACAGAGUACCAGCCCCCACCGGACAACACGGGGUCUGUCUGUCACGUCACCAAGCAGGAGACAGACAUCUCAAACCACGACAAGAGCGUCCAGCCCACUCAGCCCCACCUUGCACAGCGGCGUGGUGGAUGCAUUGGCGGGUCCGGGACAGUAUACGUCCCCCUUGCACGGCUUACAUCCGCCCUCCUGCCCCUCCUUACGGAAACCCGCCAGGCACCGGCACGAGGAGACCAUUCGGCUUCCAACCUCAUCCAGGGUGGCAGAGUGAGGGGGACACUGACAAUUGACAGACAACACAGAACAAAGACCAAAGCAGCACCGACAACCAUCGAGGCAUUCUUAUGUAGGGCCCCUCUUUGCUGACACCUCACCGGAAGACACUCGACCGACGCGUAGCCUGGAGCGUACGUGUCGGCAGGGCAUGGCUCGCAAGCACUCCGAGAUGUGUUUGAGAAGGUGCCAGGAGAGCAGGGGCUGCAUGGGCCAGCCACCAAAGGAGGCGGCGGGCCGCCGGCAAUGGGAGGAAUCGAUGUGACUGAAUCGUUGGCCAGCCGCUCAGUGUAGCCGGGCGGACACUCGGUCGCCGCUGCCGUCUGGAGGAACCGGGGCAGCCAGACUGUUGCCUUGGAAUGAGUCCCUCCCUCUUCCACAUGCGUCGGCCACCCAUCCAUGAUUCCAUAGAGUUGCCAGGCUGAGGGCCACUCUGGCGAGGCUCCCCCAACACACAGGGACACCAAGCAAGCAGCAACCAGCAGCAAGCACGCCUCAAUUGG